AUGUCUCAACAAAUAAAUUGUUCAUUCUGUUUAAAAUUCAUUACAAAUUAUAGAAAUAUUACAGAUGAUCUUAAAUUUAAAAUUGAUAAUUGCCCUGACAAAAGAUAUUAUCAAGAACUUAAACCUAAAGUUGAUAAAUUAUGCUCUAAAUCUGAAAAUAGUAGAUCUAAUACUUCUACAAAUUUAACGGAAAUUAGUAAUUUAAUAGAAACUAGUGAAUCUAAUAGCUCUAUGACUUUAAUGAAAACUAGUGAAUCUAAUAGCUCUACAACUUUAAUGGAACCUAGUAGUUUA